CAGUUCUGGGUGCGAGAACUUCAACAUCCGGGCAUUACCUCUUUCCCGGCCCUCCUCCUCGCCUGCCUUGCCAACAGGAAGCGGAAGUGAAGAGUGCGUGGCCCGGUGCCUCUUAGCAACGCGAGGGGUCAAGUGACCCAAUCAGCUGACUCCGGUAGUGGCGUGGGGGUACUGGAAUUAUUGCAACCACGAUUGCCCGGCCGAGACCGGAGCUGAACAGUCAUCGUCAGAAUGUCGGGCAAAGACCGAAUUGAGAUCUUUCCCUCGCGAAUGGCACAGACCAUCAUGAAGGCUCGAUUAAAAGGAGCACAGACAGGUCGAAACCUCCUGAAGAAAAAAUCUGAUGCCUUGACUCUUCGAUUUCGACAGAUCCUAAAGAAGAUAAUAGAGACUAAAAUGUUGAUGGGCGAAGUGAUGAGAGAAGCUGCCUUUUCACUUGCUGAGGCCAAGUUCACAGCUGGGGACUUCAGCACCACAGUUAUCCAAAAUGUGAAUAAAGCCCAAGUGAAGAUUCGUGCAAAGAAAGAUAAUGUAGCAGGAGUUACAUUGCCAGUGUUUGAACAUUACCAUGAAGGAACUGACAGUUAUGAACUGACUGGUUUAGCCAGAGGUGGGGAACAGCUGGCUAAGUUAAAAAGAAAUUAUGCCAAAGCAGUGGAACUACUGGUGGAACUGGCUUCGCUGCAGACUUCCUUUGUUACUUUGGAUGAAGCUAUUAAGAUAACCAACAGGCGUGUAAAUGCCAUUGAACAUGUCAUCAUUCCUCGGAUUGAACGUACCCUUGCUUAUAUCAUCACAGAGCUGGAUGAGAGAGAGCGAGAAGAGUUCUAUAGGUUAAAGAAAAUACAGGAGAAGAAAAAGAUUCUCAAGGAAAAAUCUGAGAAGGACUUGGAACAGCGGCGAGCAGCUGGGGAGGUGAUGGAGCCAGCUAAUCUUCUGGCUGAAGAGAAGGAUGAGGAUCUUCUUUUUGAAUAGUCCUUCCUGCUCGGGUCCUUUCAGAAGCCCUAAUACUGGCUCCAUUUUAAUUCACGGUGUAUAAGUGUGGUAUGUGUGGCUAUGUAUUUUUUGGCUUAAGAGUUUCACUAGUGGUAAAAUUUUCCUGGGCAUCAGUUUAUUGGAUUACUUUUGCAGAAUCACAUUUCAGUAAACAUUUAUCACAGAUACAAGAUUUGUAGAACCUGCCCAGGAACUCAUAGAAUUUGCUAAGCAGUAGUGUCACCCUGCUCCAUUUACAUCCGUGUUACAGUUGGUCUGCUUAACAAGCAUAUUAAGAAAUAAUCCUUAGGAAACCUCAGUGGUCUCAGGCCAGCAACUGCAUAUGUACCCUUUGUAGCUACUCACUUGCAAACCUUGAUGCUGUUGGCUGAUUUGUGGCAGUCAUCUGUUUUUACCGUGGUACUUCUCUCCUCAAGCUUUAUGAAUACCUUCACUUAUUUUUCCUUGCAUGACAGGUCUCUAUCCUCAUCUGUCAUGAGAAUUCUGCCAAUUUAAUGGGACUGUGGUAUAAACAGUAAAAUGAUGGAUUUAAAAAUAA